AUGUCGAAGAUGCUGUGCCUGCUGAAUGCUCCCACGGUUGCCAAGAAACUUGGCAAAAAGUGCAGAGAGCCCAAGCUGGAGAUGCUUGAGGCGCUCAAGUUUUGUGCGCUCAACCUGAACAAGAAGUCACCGACCCUCGCCGAACGGGAGGUGGAAGAUGAGCACAACUGCGAUUUUCUCAUGGGCUUUUUGGCCCUUUUUGCUCACGACCUGCCCACACCAGGGGAGAUGCAGGUGGCACUUUGCAUCGCCAGCCAGAAGUACAACUUGAAUCCCGGCCUCAAGGGGUUUGCACAGCACUGUGAGUGGGGUCGUGUCGAAGCUGGCUUGCAGAGGGGCCUGGUUUCGUAUGUGAUGAUGCGCUUCAGCCGCACGGAGAAAGCGAGGCGGCACCGGGAAAACGACAUGCUGACUACGGGUGGCAAAAAGAUGAAGAGGUCGCAAAGACUUGUGGAGAAGGUGCUGCCCGAUGAGGAGGACACACAAGUUCCGGAAAGCCCCUGCACCCCGGGUUCAGGAGUGAAGCCUGAAUCUGGAUUCCACACUUUGGAUUUCGAGGAAGCCAGCAUGCAGGAAGAAGGGCAGGAGGAAGAGACACCCACAGAUGAUGAGUGUAUGCUUGUGAGUCCUGUUGAAGAGGAUGCAAAUGCAUUGGAGGAGUGCCUCCAGGAGUUUGAAGAUCAUGAUGAGUGUGAAGAUCAUGAUGAGUGUAAAGAUGAAGAAGAGGCUUCCCAAAGUGCGGGUGAAAUGUGCGGAGAGGAGAAGAAAAAAGGCAAAGACGCGGAAGAGACCACUGCUGCCAUGAAGGUGGACGUUGCAUUGGGUUUGAUAGAUGACCGGAAGCCAUUGACAGAGAUGCCAGAAGUUUCUGAGACGCUGGAAGAGCAGGCAAAAGCCUCCUUGAGGCGUUUGAAUGCCAUGGAACCAGGAGAGGCUGAUCUCUUGGAGGCUCAGAAAAGAAUUUCGGCUGCGACUGCUGCUCGUGAAGAGGAGGCCAUGGAUGAGGAAGGGGAAGAAGGAAAUGAGAAGCCUUCUAAGAGAUCGGCUGCUGGCUGUGGUAAAGGCAAGAAGUUGAGGAAAAAGAAAACAAAGAGGAAUUUGAGCAAGGCAUUGGAGGCAGCAAGAGCGCCGAAGGAGGCUGAGGGAAGCAAGGGCUCAGAAGAGCAGAAGGAUCAGGAUAAAGAGAAGGAUGAGGAUGAAAAGGAGGAUGAGGAAAAAAAAAAGACUGAGGAAAACCCUGCCAAGUCCAAGAGGUCUGCCAAAGCUGGUCCAAAGGCUGGAGCCCCGAAAAAAAAGACAAAGACAGGCGAGCCCCCAGCUGCCACCCAAGAUGCCGCUGCCAGCCAGCCCGAGCAAACUGCAAAAGAGCCGGAGGCUCCGGAGGACUGA